AUAACAUGAAUUGAUGACAAUAUUUUUUUGUGAAAUGCUUUAGCAAGCAAAACGCCAUUGAACGAUACUCUAUGUAUACAAAAGAAAUUGCAACUUGGAAGAGUGAAAAGGAGCGACACAUGCAGGAAGUGGAGUUUUUAAGCUCAGACAAGUGCUUAUUCUAGUCUCCUAUAAACAAGUUGCCAAGGGGGCUCUCCAAAAUAUGAUUAUAAUACUUCAUCAAUUUGAGCAAAUCUUUCCAAGCAUUAAUCAAAUCCAUGCAAUCUUUUGUUUUAGCUAGAUUUUGUGGCUUGAUUCUUCGAUACAUAGGAUUUGAUUGCUCUAUAUAUAAUCUACAAUACAUCUUCAUUGCUCUCAUUAAACAGUUCACUUCAUGAGUUAAAAUCAAUUACUAGCCUACAGGUGCUAAUAGUACUUACGGUUUCCUCGAAAAAAUUUCGAAGCGCAGCACUCGAGGAUUGAAAGAGCAAAUAUGUUUAAGAAGAUUGAGUUCCUGGAAGUUUCUAAAAGGUUCAAUAUUGAUUUAAUGCUUAUGUCAUGUUACUUCACCUCAUCCUGAUGAGAGGAUUUCUAAAGUUUGAAAUUUUGACGUUGUACGGGAAGCUGUUGGGUCAAGGAUUGGGCCCAUGUUCUGUCAAGGAACUUCAAGAGAUUGGUGGCCAGCUGGAUCAGAGCUUGAAAAACAUUGGGGCAAGAAAGGCCCAGUUAUACGAGGAGCACAUAAAGGAACUAAAAGCAAAGGAGAGAAUAAUGUUAAAAGAAAAUGCGAAGUUAUGCCAAAAGAUGUGUUUUGGUGAGUUUUUCAUUUCCAAAUCUCGGAGUUCUCUUUGUACUUGAAAAAAAACACCCACAGUUUUGUAGUCCAAACUAACAUUAGAAUGCAAAAGCGGGGUGUUGGAUGAUAGAGACCAUUCUACAAGACCCUCGUCAUCUAAUGUUUCAAAUUUUGUAAUAUAGUAUAAUUCAUAUUGCAAAAUACUGUUUUAAUAGAAAAAAAUUAUCUGACUCUUUUGAUAUUGGUAAUAGUGUUAUGGUGGGAGGCUGUGGCAUCAACUACUAACCCAACAAAGGAAAGCAAUUUGGUUGCACCCAAAAUAACCAAUGCGUGGAGGUUGUGACAAAAUUGUUCAUUAGAUUGCCACAAAACCAUUAAUAUCAAUAAUCUGAAUUAUUUUAUGAAAUAAAUUAUUGUGUUGUCC